AUGCAUACCACCGAGUGGCUUCGGAGCGCAGAUGGCUUGCCGGUCCCAGCCGCAUCACCAGCAAACAUUCAUAUGAUGUCUCAACAACCUUUGAAUCUCGUGGUCCUUAUCUCAGGAACAGGUAGCAACCUGCAAGCUUUAAUCGAUGCCGUUCCUUCGUUUCAAACCCCGGCAGCUCGGAUCAGCCUGGUUGUCUCGAACUCGAAGUUUGCCUAUGGAAUAGAACGAGCACAAGCAGCUCAACCUCCGAUCCCUACCAAGGUCCACAGCCUAGCCGCGUUUCGAAAGCAGAAUCCUCAUCUUACAGACGAGGCGGAGGUUCGUUCUCGAUACGAUCUUGAACUGGCAGCCGUAAUCAAGACCGGCCGUCCUCAUCUGGUCGUCCUUGCUGGCUUCAUGCACAUCCUCAGCGAACCGUUUCUGAAAGAGAUGCGUUCAGAUUGGAACUCCAGUAACCCAUCAACCCCGAUUCCUAUCAUUAACCUACACCCCGCCCUGCCUGGACAGUUCGAUGGGGCCAAUGCUAUCGAAAGGGCUUGGGAGGCAGGCCCUGCAGGCAGACAAGAAGUGACAGAAACUGGCGUAAUGAUUCAUGAGGUCAUAGCUGAAGUCGAUAGGGGUGCACCGAUACUUACACGUACCGUAGAAUUAAAGAAGGACGAAUCUCUUGAUGGCCUUAAGCAGCGAAUGCAUGACGUGGAGCACGAAUUGAUUGUUGCUGGGACAUUCGAGAUGCUCCGCCGCAUCGCAUCUUCGCCCUCAAUCCAGCUCUCAUGA